AUGGCCAACGGUGGGUCGUCGUACUACCCUCCCGGUGCUGACCAAUACGCCACUCCACCUCAGCAGGUUUGGUGUGACCAGGGCGACCUCGAAUCCUACGCCCAGCUUCUCGCCGUGGACGUGAACACGAACACGUCUGAACCGCUGACCAUCGGCUACAAUGGGCGCAACUUCACAAGCAACUUCCGCGCGGAGCCGCAGCUCCCCCGCCAAGUUUACCGCUUCGAACCCUCAACGGGUGUUAUCCAAGUUGUUGCGGACGGCUUCCGAGAGUCGAACGGCCUCGAGUUUUCCCCAGACUACAAGACGCUCUACGUGUCCGACACGGGCGCUCGGGAAACGGACCUGGACCUCAGUCGCCCAGCCACCAUCUACGCCUACGUCAUUAUCGACAACAAGCGGCUUGGAAGCAAGCGCCUGUUUGCCUUCGCAGACAGCGGCAUCCCUGAUGGGGUGCACACGGACACCGACCGUCUGGGCUGGCUGCGGCGACGGCGUCCGCGUCUGGAACCCUGA